AUGAACUCUACCCGUUACGAUCCUGUGGAUAGCGACGAUAUUCUAUUCUCCGCAGAUGAUGACGGGUUUGAUGCGGCAGAGCACGUUGCAACGGGGACUUCCAUGUCGGCUGGAGAUCCGCAGUUAGGCGGCGGACUAUUCAACACGCUAGCUCCAUACUACGCGGUUACGAGCGAGCAGUUGUUUCAUAAGACGCGUUCUAGUCUUAUGCUUCAGAAGGUUCAGACACUGGAGAUGGGCAAUGCCGCAACUGAAAUAUAUUCUACGGUAUGGAUCAUUCUCAGCGCUUCGAUAGCGCUUUACGUCUCGCGCGGGCUGCGAACCGUGCUAUCCGAAAUUUUACGUGGCCAAGAAGAUGGAGGAAGUCACGGACAGUACCAGAUUCUCGUGCACGUACUGUGGCUCUUCGCCACGUAUGUCGUGGCGGUGCCGCUAGUCUUCAAACUAGUGGUACAAUAUGCGUUCAGCGAGGCGUUGCAUGGCCUAGAGCUCGUACAAUGGUACGGCUUUGGCUGUCUCGUAUGGAUACCGUUGACACCAAUUAGUCUGGUUCUGGGCCUUCUGCCGGAAGGCUGGGCUGGCUUGGCACAUCUCAUACUGGCUAUUGCGGGAGGUGCGUACAGUUUCAUGGUCAUAUACAUUCAAUUGAAGGAUGAUCUAUCUGAGCUGUCUCGGGGCCGUGCUGUGAUGGCCAUGAUGGCGGUCAUGCAUCUCGUCUUUGUGCUACUGAUUAAGCUUCUGAUUCUGUAG